CGCAGGCGCGGGGUGAAGCCGCGGCGGGGCCGGAAGGAGUGCAGCGGCAGCCUCGGCGGCGGCGGCGACGAAGCUGUCGGCGGCGACUCCUGGUGACUAGAAGCCGUGGCGACAGAGGCCGCCGAGCCCGCCUGGCGAGCCCGCAAGCUGAGUGGCGAACCCUCUUGAACAGAUAGUCACCAUGUUUAGAUAUUAGGAAGUACAUACGUGUAUGUCUGCAUUUGAAAAUGGCAGAGGGAAACAAUAAUGAAGAAGUCAUUCACUUGAACAACUUUCACUGCCACAGGGGACAAGACUGGAUCAAUCUCAGAGAUGGACCCAUCACCAUAUCUGACUCCUCUGAUGAGGAAGGGGUUCCUAUGCUGGUCACCCCGGCUCCUCAGCAGCACGACGAAGAGGAUCUGGAUGAUGAUGUCAUCCUGACGGAAACAAAUAAACCUCAGACAUCACGACCCAAUCUCAUCAAACCAGCUGCCCAGUGGCAAGAUCUCAAAAGAUUGGGAGAAGAAAGGCCUAAAAAGUCUAGAGCAGCCUUUGAAUCAAAUAAGAACGGCUAUUUUUCAGUGUGUAACAGCUCAUUGUUUGAUUCUGGGGCACAGGAUGAUUCUGAGGAGGACUACGGUGAAUUUCUGGAUCUUGGGCCUCCUGGAGUUUCUGAAUUCAUUAAACCAAGUGGCCAAACAGAAAGAGAACCGAAACCUGGACCAAGUCAUAACCAAGCAGCAAAUGACAUCGUCAACCCGAGAUCAGAGCAGAAAAUCGUUAUCUUGGAAGAAGGUGGUCUUCUUUUACCAGAAGGCGAUCCUCUGGACACUGAGAACCAGUCAUCUGAAGAUUCAGAGACCGAGCUUUUAUCAAACCUUGAAGAAUCAGCUACUAUCCUAGAUGAUCAAGCCAUCGGAGAAGACUGCUGGUUAGACCAUCCUUACUUCCAGUCCCUAAACCAACAGCCCCGUGAGAUAACAAACCAGGUUGUUCCUCAGGAGCGGCAGCCUGAAGCAGAACUGGGCCCGUUGUUGUAUCAGCAUGAACCCCCGGGGCUGGCUUUUCCAAGGCCGGCUUUUCCAAGACCAGAACCCCAACAGGAUGGGAUUCCAGGCCCCUCUUCUCCUCAGCCUGCCCAUCCUCUAGGAGAGCUUGAAGACCAACAAUUAGCAAUAGAUGAUGAAGAGCCAGGGCCAGCCUUUCCACUGCAAGGAUCCCAGGAGCCCAAUUUGGAAAACCUUUGGGGGCAAGAAGCUACUGAGGCAGAUCAAGAACUCGUUGCACUUUUAGUGAAAGAAACAGAAGCAAGAUUUCCAGAUGUCGCAAAUGGCUAUAUUGAGGAGAUAAUUCAUCUGAAGAAUUAUUAUGAUUUGAAUGUACUUUGUAAUUUUCUUCUGGAAAAUCCAGACUAUCCAAAGAGAGAAGACAGAGUCAUUAUCAACCCCAGUAGCAGCCUGCUUGCCAGCCAAGAUGAGGCAAAGUUGCCUAAAAUAGACUUUUUUGACUACUCUAAAUUGGUUCCUCUUGACCAGCGUUGCUUCAUCCAAGCUGCUGACCUCCUGAUGGCCGACUUCAAAAUGCUCAGCAGUCAGGACAUCAAGUGGGCCCUGCAUGAACUCAAAGGACACUAUGCAAUCACCCGAAAGGCCUUUUCUGAUGCCAUUAAAAAAUGGCAGGAGCUAUCGCCAGAAACCAGUGGAAAAAGAAAAAAGAGAAAAGAAAUGAAUCAGUAUUCUUACAUAGAUUUCAAGUUUGAACAAGGCGACAUAAAAAUAGAAAAGAGGAUGUUCUUUCUGGAAAAUAAGCGGCGACAUUGUAGGUCAUACGACCGGCGUGCCCUUCUCCCGGCUGUGCAGCAAGAGCAGGAGUUCUAUGAGCAGAAAAUCAAAGAAAUGGCAGAGCAUGAAGACUUUUUGCUUGCCCUGCAGAUGAAUGAAGAACAGUAUCAGAAGGACGGCCAGCUGAUUGAGUGCCGCUGCUGCUAUGGGGAGUUUCCAUUCGAGGAGCUUACACAAUGUGCAGAUGCUCACUUGUUCUGCAAAGAAUGUCUCAUCAGAUAUGCCCAAGAGGCGGUCUUUGGAUCUGGAAAGUCAGAACUCAGCUGCAUGGAAGGCAGUUGCACGUGUUCAUUCCCAACCAGUGAGCUGGAGAAGGUACUUCCCCAAACCAUCCUGUAUAAAUACUACGAGCGGAAAGCUGAAGAAGAAGUUGCCGCAGCUUAUGCCGAUGAGCUUGUCAGGUGCCCCUCCUGCAGCUUUCCUGCUCUGUUGGACAGUGAUGUGAAAAGGUUCAGUUGUCCCAAUCCUCGCUGCCGAAAGGAAACCUGUAGGAAGUGUCAGGGACUCUGGAAAGAGCACAAUGGCCUCACCUGUGAAGAGCUGGCAGAGAAAGAUGACAUCAAGUACCGAACCUCCAUUGAAGAAAAAAUGACCGCAGCCCGCAUUAGAAAAUGCCACAAGUGUGGGACUGGCCUCAUCAAAUCUGAAGGCUGCAACCGCAUGUCUUGCCGCUGUGGUGCCCAAAUGUGCUACCUCUGUCGAGUAUCUAUCAGUGGAUAUGACCAUUUCUGCCAGCAUCCUCGCUCACCGGGAGCGCCUUGCCAGGAGUGUUCAAGAUGCUCUCUCUGGACCGACCCCACCGAAGAUGAUGAGAAGCUAAUCGAGGAGAUCCAGAAGGAGGCUGAAGAGGAGCAGAAGAGAAAGAAUGGAGAGAACACCUUCAAACGCAUCGGGCCCCCUUUGGAGAAGCCUCCAGAGAAAGUCCAGAGGAUCGAAGCCCUGCCAAGGCCCGUCCCGCAGAAUCUGCACCAGCCACAGAUCCCCCCCUAUGCCUUCGUGCACCCGCCCUUCCCCCUACCUCCCGUCCGGCCCAUGUUCAACAACUUCCCUCUCAACAUGGGCCCUGUCCCAGCACCCUAUGUGCCCCCUCUGCCCAAUGUGCGCGUCAACUACGACUUCGCUCCUGUCCACGUGCCACUGGAGCACAACCUGCCUAUGCACUUUGGCCCACAGCCACGGCAUCGCUUCUGACAGCUCUGUGUCCUGCCUCCUCCCUGGAGCCCCGCUGCUGAGCAGCCCAGCCUGUGCAGGGCCGGGGUUCCGUAGAUACCUGCCUUGCCCCCGAGGCCAUGCCUUCUAAGUAGGGAUCAUGCACUUGGCUCUUAAAAGGAUAGGCUGGCUUUUUUUCCUGCUCCUUCCUGGGAAGGGCUACUGUCCCUUGAAGAGCGGCCGGCAGGCCAGUGCCCUUAGGUGCCUGUGAAAGGAUUGGUCUGGCACUUGCUGGACCAGAGAUAAGGGGGCAGUAGGCCUCCCUGGAGAAUUCCACUGUCCAAGAGGUGGUGCAGGGACCUUCACCACAAGGUAGCCGGUCUCUCCUCUGUCCUGUCGCUGCAGACGGAGAUGAGGGAAGUGUUUGUGUCCAUCCCUUCCCCUCCCCCUGGCAGACCUCACAAGUCUCUCAGUUAACCACGUAGGCCUGCCUUAGCGCAGUACAGUCUGAUUCGUGAUAAGGUGGAAGUCCCAGUUGGAGGGAGUUUGGAGAGAGCUGAGCCAUCUGAACCAUGUCAUGAAGGCUGGGUUCUCCCCCCACCCCAAUACUGCGGCCCACCUCGAGUGAGUGCACCCUGCUGCUCCAAGCCAGUUGGUCCCAGUGAGGCAGUGGCAGAGUCAUGUCCCCAGGCCUAGGAGCACCACUCAGGGUAGGGAGGCUGCAGACUAUAUCCCCCAAAUCCAGAGCCCCAGGCCGCCGCCACCGUGACUAUUCAGGUCUCUCUUGUCCUUGGCCCACUCAGAUGAGACCACAGAGAGCCAUCUCAUGCUAUCAGUUCUGUUUUGUAGUUUAAAGAAAUAUUUGCUAUUUACUCAUUUUGAACUUACUGGGUUUUCUGUGGCCUACUAGAGUUUCUCUCGUUCAGUCUCUGGAAAGUCAAAUCUGUUACCCACGCCAGGCAGCCAAUGAGGGCUGGAUGGUCCUGCGUCUUGCCAAACAAAAGGUCCUUUCGAGGCGGCUGUGACAGGCUUGGUGGUUCUCCCAGGCAGCCCAGUAGUCAGAUAAUGAGCAGCUUCUCCCCUGAGGUUUGGUGGUGGCAGUGGGUUUCCACAGGGGGACAGAGGACCCAGACUACACCUGGCACCCGCCCAUGGAGCUGCCCCUGCCCAAGGCCAGGUGAGUUUAGCUCUGGGUCGGCAUGGGGGUCCCUGCCCUUUCCCGCUCACCUUUUCCUGUGCAGCCCCCGCUCACCUGAGGCUCUGCCCCAUCACUAGCCACCACUGUGCAGAGCAGAGGCCUCCGCGGGGAGUGACACUGCCUGGCUGCCCAGUAUUGGCCUCUGUCACUGCUGCUUUAUCUCUGAUGGCUGUGGGGUUCCCAGAAGUUCCCAGUGCAUGUGCACAGACCUCGGAAGGGUGAGCCUAAUGACCGAUCCCCCAUCUGUGGGGGAGGACCAUGCAUUCUUGUCCACAGCCACCCACUGCCAUCAGUUUCUCUUGUAUUUCAAGGAUUAAAAUGGGGAGAAAUCUGCUAAGUUGACUGUUUUUCCUCCUGCUUUUCCUCCAGGGGAGGGCUUUGCAGAGUGCUCUGGGCGUGGGGUGGGACACACAAGGAGGGGCCUGCACUGCCGGUAACCCGCAUGGCAGUGCCUUGGGAGAGCCCUGCUUGGGGGUGCACUGCAGAGCACAGCGACAGUUCUAAGUAUCUUUACAACGUGGUCCCCGUGCAUCCCCAAGGUGGGGGGAGGUCUCAGAGCAGUUGAGCUUCCAGCGGACAUCCCACCAGAUGGACCCACCAGAACCUCCUGGGCCCCCUGAGCCAGUUCAUCCAAGGAGGGAACAAACCAGUCCACCUCUGCCCUGUAGCCAAGGCACAGGGCUCCGUGGGGCACUUUGGACAGCUGAAAGGACAGGCCCCAGGUGGGUGGCAUGUAAAGAUCCCCCGGAACAGAAAGGAAGAAACCAGAAUAAUGGGUUCCCCCCAAGGCCAAAUUGAGGACUUGUUCUUUGAGAUGAAUUCUAGUUGUUUAUAGCCACACGCAGUUGCUAGGGAAGCGAGGGCCCCUGGUUUCUGACGUUCCUCCUUGAGCCGGACCGUGGAGCAGCUCCCAGGCCCACAGCAGCACAGUUGCUGUUUGGGGGAAGGUCAUUGCCUCGAGUUCUGACACUAGCAUGAGGUCCCACUUGUCUGUGAAGUGAUCCUCUAGGUGCCUGUGUCCCAGAGGACCCCAGGCUUCUUGAGAAGCAGUCUGCACUAGUGAGAGUUCAAGGGAGAGGAGGCCUUAAUCCUCUGACAAGCCAGCAAGUGGCUGCAAGGUGUGAUGACAAGAGACCCACAGACAGAGACCAGCCAGUGGCAGGGACAAGGCAGGAAUCUUAAGAGGCAGCCUGGCACCUUCCCCUCUCUGGGCGACAGUGUUUGCUCCCCCAAGCCAGAGACUGCCCAGCGACAGUCCCGUUCUACUUGCCUUAAACUGGAGAGAGGAAUCUAGUAUUUGCACUUAGCAAAAGAUUUUAAAACUUAAAAAAAAAGUGUGCAUGACCUGUCACUUUGUAUAAAAAUAGCAAAAAUGAUUAGUUUAUUAAAUUUUUUUUCUGUACCUUCUGGUAGUAAAAAUACAUCAAAAUAAUUCUGUUUAAACUACUGUGUGUAAAAAGCCUGUAUCAUAUGUAACUUGGACUUUUUGUAAAUAAAUGUUUGUGCACUAUG